UUCAUUUCCCAGAUUCUGGACUUUAUCUAUUGAACGGUUUUGAUUUUUAUUCUGAUCUAUUUUGAGUGGCGUGACACCGAAAACCAGCAAUACAGAAGACCAUGUCCAUGAUGUACGAUAUCGAGUUGUUUUGAUACUUUGUAUUGAUAGACGAUUAAAAUGAUAUAGGAAAUGAUCAUGUUGGAAAAGGAAUCAAUUUAAAAAACUCCCGACUAGGCUGAUCUCAAUAAUUACUUGCAAUUUCAUCUCUGCCUGCCUAAAUUUAAAAACAGAACACCGAAAGUUGAAUGCGUCUUAUGCAGAUUAGCGCAAAAGUGAACGAAAUGACAACUUGUUUAAAUUAAAAUUAGGAAACAAACGACCUACUUCUUCACAAAAUCAGUUCGUGCAAUAUUAUUGAACCAGUUGUGGCCUUAAAGGUUCAUAUCGAAAGAUAUUUUCAGGUUUCCCUCACUAACUUAAAAACCGAAGCCGCAUUUCAUAGUCGGAAAACGAGGUCGAAAGCGGGAGAAAUCAACAUUGAAAUCGGAAAACGAAGUCGAGCACGAACUUUAGGCAAAUCUAAGGCGAAGUGGCAACCAUGCACAUUUUUCAUGGUUUUGAAGUCGGUCAGUUCGUAACUGAAUCCAAGAAUGAGACAUUUUCAUUACUGCACUGCUUUUACUUGUAAAUGCAAUUUGAAACAUCCUUUUUGUUUUUAGACCUUUCUCAACAUGAGUGGCUGUUGUUCACAAAGUGCCCGCCCGUUGUUGUGGAAGACCCUGUUUCGCGUGAUCGCGUUCUCCGUGCUCGCAGCAUCUGGAGGGUUAAUUUUCGCCGCAGUGGAACAUCCCAAUGCCGUAAAUAAUUUAAAGAGAAAGGAAGAACUUCUGGUCAGCCUGAGAGAAGACAUGGCAAAGAAAUACAACAUGUCCCAAGACGACUUUGAUAAUUUCAUUGAGAUCACUGACGAUGCAUUUAAUAUGGCUGGGCCCUCAUGGAGUUAUUUCCAAAGCGUGCGGUUUGCAUUCGAAACAUUGACGACUAUUGGAUACGGCAGGCUAGCUCCGUCCACAAGUCUUGGUCAAGCUCUGUGUGUCGUAUUUGCCGUACUGGGCAUUCCUGUAACCAUCCUGGCAUUUAAGUCAGUUGGUGAGUUAAUCAGCCGUGGAAUCAGCUCCUUCAUCACAAAGAUUGAAAGAAAAUACUUCAAACGAGAACCGGCUAACGUGGCGGCCAAGAGUACUGCAGUGACUUGCGUGCUUAUGUUAAUAAUGUUAGUACUGGGAACAACACUGCAAAUGUAUACCGAUGACGCUAAUGAUAUGACAUUCCUUGAAGGGUUUUAUUUUUGGUUUAUCAGUUUCUCAACGAUCGGGUAUGGCGAUUACGUACCAGGCUUCUCUAGAACCACAGCCUCUUCCCAAAAUGGUGAGCAUUCAAAAAAUGCAGCUCGGAAAACAGCCAAUAUAGCAUUUCACCUGACUUGGACCACGCUUGGUUUGUGUGUGGUUUCUAGUGCGCUUAAUGCUCUGGCCGAGUUCAUGGAGAAAAGAUCAGCAGCUAAACGGCUUCGGAGAAAAUGCUGUUCAUGUUUUAAGGACGAUUCUUAUCGAGUUAAAAACUGUAAUGGAAAAGAUAUUACGGCUGAAGAAGAAAAUUACCAUAGUGUGACGUACGUUUAAAUGUCACUGGUUCGCUACCAGACCUCUUCGUUUGACUGAAAAAUAAUCCCUUGAAAUAAAUAAAUUGUAAAAAUUGGAAUUUGGAAAUGUUGGUUUUUCAGGAGGG